CCUCUACGCAGGCGCGCGCGGCCCUCUCCCGCGCGGGGCAGGGCUGGGGCGCCGGGACGUCCUGGCGGCGACUGCUGGCCUCGGUGCUCCCGCCCGCGUCCGCAUGGAGCUCGGGCGUCGCCGCGAUCUGGGCUCGGCCCUCGGGCUGGCCCCGGCCCCCGCAAAGCCGGGGCAGGAGCCGAGGCCAGGGGCCGGGGCGGGGGCUCCUGGGGCUGUCCGAGCCCGCCGCUUCGUGCUCUGUCUCUACCUGGUGGGCUUCUUGGACUUGUUUGGUGUCAGCAUGGUUGUCCCUUUAUUGAGUCUUCAUGUCAAGUCUCUUGGAGCAAGUCCAACAGUUGCUGGCAUAGUAGGCUCCUCCUAUGGCAUUUUGCAGCUCUUCUCUAGCGCAGUGGUGGGCUGCUGGAGCGAUGUGGUCGGAAGGCGGUCUUCUUUGCUGGCAUGCAUUCUGCUCAGUGCCUUGGGUUAUCUUAUUCUUGGAGCAUCUACCAGUGUGUUCCUGUUUGCCCUUGCUAGAGUUCCUGUGGGUAUUUUUAAACACACUCUCUCCAUUUCAAGGGCUCUGCUUUCUGAUCUGGUUGCAGAGAAGGAACGGCCACUAGUAAUUGGACGAUUCAAUACAGCAUCCAGUGUGGGCUUCAUCUUGGGCCCCAUGGUCGGUGGAUAUCUCACUGAAUUAGAUGGUGGAUUUUAUCUAACAGCCUUCAUCUGUUUUUCUGUCUUCAUUCUCAAUGCUGGUCUCGUUUGGCUAUUUCCAUGGAGUGAAGUAAAACUCAACAGUACGAAGAAUGGCCUGCGACUGGGUAAGAGCCAUGCACUUUUGGGCAAGACGGACUGUGAGGUGCAGGAAGCAGCCACCCGCCAUGGGACCACAGUGAGUGGGAAGCCUGCCCGGCUGCCCUGGAUGGAAGUCGUGUCAACGUUGCGGGACAUGAAGAGCCUGAUCGUUUCUGAAAUGUGGGACAUAUUUCUCGUGCGCUUGCUGAUGGGUGUGGCGGUCAUGCUGUACUACAGUAACUUUGUCUUGGCCCUCGAGGAGCGCUUUGGGGUGAGGCCCAAGACGACGGGCUACCUCAUCAGUUACAGCAGCGCCCUGGGGGCCCUGGCUGGCUUCACCCUGGGGCCCAUCCUGCGUCUGUACAAGCACAAUUCCCACGCAGUCCUGCUGCACUCCAGCGUGCUCACCUUCACGCUGCUGUUGCUCUACUCAACGGCCCACACCAUGGGCAUUGUCGUCUUCUCCUCCACGCUCCUGUCCUUCUCCACUGCCAUUGGCAGGACUUGCAUCACCGACCUCCAGCUGACCGUGGGCGGGGCCCAGGCCAGUGGCACCCUCAUCGGCAUGGGGCAGUCUGUGACGGCCGUGGGCCGGGUCAUCGCCCCCCUCCUCUCGGGAGUGGCCCAGGAGGUUAGCCCUUGUGGCCCUCCCAGCCUGGGGGCUGCCUUAGCCUUGAUGGCUAUUAUCGUAAUGUCAGUAAGCAGACCUCGCUGUGGUGGUGAUGGGAGUGAUAAAUUAAAAAGUGAGUAGACUGGAUUUGGACAACACAAGGAAUCAAUCUGAGUGUUGGUGAGGGACAGAGGCUGUGGUGAGAGUGUGCUUUGGGGAGGGCAGGUGGUGUCAGUGAAAUCACUUCCUUCCAGGUGGGUGUCUGUUGGUCACGUCCAGGUCAGCCCUCAGCUCUGCAUUUAGGCCUGUGCGAUGAUCAGAAGUCACAACGGCCCGGAGGAAGGUUAGGAUUGCAGCAAAGCUUCGCCAAAGGGGAAGGUAUUUUAUGUCUACCUGAGAGUCUCCUCUUCCCACCUGGGCCACUGAGGUUAAAAUUUUCAAGGGGAAAAAGCUGCCAGCUGCAGGGUAGGGAAACAGUGGUGGGAUAACAGAACGUGAUAUAUAUGCAAGAAGAGGCCACAAGGACUUCCCCACUAUGUAAGGAUAGGGUAACAGUUAAUAAAGUGUCAACCAGCUGGGACACGGGUUUCCUGUUCAAUUCCUUAAGCUAAGAGGGAGCUUUUCUGCUGUCAGAAUCCUAGAGGUUGAAGAAGCUGCCUUAUUAAACCCAGCCUGUUGCUUUCACAAGUCCUAACAAGGUUAUGAAUGGUUCCACCUGGGCAGCUGGUUAAAAAUCAGAUGCACGGCCUCACGCCUGAGACUGAGUCCGUGGGCCUCGGUGAGGCCAGAAAUCUAGUGUAUUCCAUAAGCGCCACUUCCAUGGAGGUAGAAAAAGGGAGAUUCUGAGACGUACUAGUUUUGAUUAAAGCAAAAGCCAGAGACUUGAUUGUUUUUGUUGAUAGCUAACUCAGUUUGAACUGUCUGUUAAAAUUAUGCACAGUGUGUUACAUUUUCCCCAGCUCUUAGCAGUUAUACCUCGUAACAGGAGAAGCAGGUUCCUGGGGCCUGCUCCCUGUGUCCAUUCGCUGUGAGGCCACACGCUGCGAGGAGCUGAGCUUGUCAGUCUGAGCCCAUCUGCCUGGGUGUUGGGCCUGAUGAUCUGCUCCCAGAAGCCGGCGCUCCUUCGGGCAGCAGCAGCCUGGGGGUGAUGGAACCCAGUGGAGAAGCCAAAGCGCAGGAAUGCUUUUAAGAUGAACAUUUCAUGCAGAGUAAGGAGGAGAGUCAGGGGUCAUACGAUAUCAGUGGCAACUUAUUCGACAGUGUCGUGUGUUGAAAAUCGUUUCCUUUAUCUCACUUCACUGUCACACCUGCAAACAGAAGAGCCAUGUCAUCUACAGGGAAGUGUUUUGGGCCUUGUCCUGGGCCUGAAUUGCCACUCCAGAAGCAGCCCCGAGGGGCCAGCCGAGGGCAGCACCGGCUCGCAGGGAGGACGUGCAGGGUACUUGCUGGCUGUUUGGAUGACAAUUACUAAUAAAAAUUAUUUAGGGGCUCCCUCUCUUUUCCCCACGCAGACGACCAAUGCCCAGAUUCUUUCAGUCCUCUAAUGAGUCCACUGGGAUAUCAUUCCUGUUUCCAACCUAACACGGAUAUAAUUGUAAAUGGUAUUUUAAUAUGCUAAUUUGUUAUAACUUUAAUACUGUAUGUAAAGCAGAAAAAAUAUUUCCAUAGUUUUAGAAGUUGUAUAUGGGGUAAACGCAAAUAUUUGUGAUAGAGAAUUAAUUGGAGGUUUGAAAGUUCUCCUUUUCCUGUCUAGCUACAAGAAAAGUAUUAACUUUUUAUUAAAUAUUGUAAUUGUGGACUUUUAUACAAGUGCUAAGUGCUUUUAAAGUGACCGAAAUAUGAUGUAAAAUGGCCUUGCCCUUAAGGAGCAUAUCAAAUUGUGGUGGAAGUUAGACUCAAAAGGACAGUAAAUAAGAGUUUAUGCAGCAAAGUAGAACUUCAGAAGAAUUUUCUCCAAAAUUUGUCUUUUUUUCAUUUUCAGAAAUAGGCAAGUUUCUUAGAUGAUCUUAAAUAUAACCAUGUUUUUAUUUUUAAAAUCACAGCACUUUGUGAAGUUAAAAAAAGCCUAUAAACUUAGUGAGGCUCUAUAAUUAAUCAUACACAUGGAAAUACUAAGAGCUGAAGAUUGAUCUUAGUAUAAGUAGGGAAACAUUUUUGUUAUUUUCCACUCCUGAUGUUAGUAUUUUGUUCCUGUGAUUUUUUUAGAUAAAUAUUUUCUUAUGGUUCCUCUUAAACAGCCUGAUGUGUUGCUCCUUAAAGUGUGGUCUGGGACCAGGGCGUCAGCUUCCCUGGGGCUUGUCAGACAUGCAGACAGGUCCCCCUCAGACCUGUGGGGACUGUUGUCACAAGGUUCCUAGCUGCUUUGUGUGCAUGGUAAAGUUUGAAACCCACUGGUCUAAUGGACAGUGUUUGUAUAGUUUAUGGAAUAUGAUCUCAGGGAAAUUAAAUCUGCUCAAUUAAA